GAGACUAUCCGUCGAGCCUCACGUGACUUCUAAAAGCAAAAUGGCUGCGUUGUUACAUGUAUAACUUCAAGACUAACAAAAUCAAAACUUGGUUGAGGUGAAUUGGUAAUACUCAGCCAUAAUACACCACUGUUGCAAUUUUGCGGUUGUCUACAAUUGUGGUUUAUUUGUUUUUGUGGAACUUUGUUUUGAGGCUAAACAGUACCCUGGUGGAAGGAGGCUUAGGAGACGAUAAGGGGCAUUGACACGCACGUGAUGUGUUACAUUGGUGACAUCUGUUGAAACAGUUCUUUCUUUAAGAAGUGGGAAACAAGUGGACGGAAAAUGUCUUAUGAUGAUGAAGGUGCAGGGCCAUAUGUUGGUUCUUUCCCCAAAGGCUUUGGUUAUGGACCAGAAGACUCUGAACCCGAGACAACAGCAGCAAGCCCAGAAGAACAGCCUCGCAUUUUGCUUAUGGGCCUACGGAGAAGUGGCAAGUCUUCCAUCCAGAAAGUUGUAUUCCACAAAGUGUCACCAAAUGAGACACUUUUCUUGGAAAGCACGAACAAGAUUGUAAAAGAUGACGUGUCCAACAGCUCCUUUGUCCAGUUUCAAGUCUGGGAUGUUCCUGGCCAGAUCGACUUCUUUGAUCCCACCUUUGACUCUGAGACAAUAUUUGGUGGCUGCGGAGCCCUUAUCUUUGUUAUAGAUGCUCAGGAUGACUACAUCGAAGCUCUGGCACGGCUUCAGAUGGAAGUGACGCGAGCCUAUAAGAUCAACCCAAACAUCAAGUUUGAAGUGUUUAUUCAUAAAGUGGAUGGACUUUCUGAUGACAACAAGAUUGAAACACAACGGGACAUUCACCAGAGGUCAACAGAUGACUUGGCGGAAGCAGGCAUGGAGAAUGUGCACUUGAGCUUUCAUUUAACAAGCAUCUAUGAUCACUCCAUCUUUGAGGCUUUCAGCAAGGUGGUUCAGAAGCUAAUUCCACAGCUGCCAGUCCUUGAAAAUCUUCUGAACAUUCUUAUCUCGAAUUCAGGCAUUGAAAAAGCGUUCCUGUUUGAUGUGAUGAGUAAAAUAUACAUUGCAACCGACAGUUCACCAGUGGACAUGCAGUGUUAUGAACUUUGCUGUGAUAUGAUUGAUGUCGUCAUAGACAUGUCUUGUAUAUAUGGCUCUUAUGAUCUUUGGAUGUCGACACGUGCACGUGAUGAUGGUGCAUUUGAUGGUGAUUCCUCUGCUAUCAUUAAACUCAACACCAACACUAUUUUGUACCUGAGGGAAGUUAAUCGUCACCUGGCCCUGAUCUGUAUUCUGCGAGAAGACAGCUUUGAUAAACAGGGUCUAAUAGACUACAACUUUGGCUGCUUCAGGAAAGCAAUUCAACAAGUGUUUGACAUUAAAAAGCAGGCAGCAGCUGCCCGCGCUAAAACAAAUGCCACUCGCGCUUUUCCUCAUGCAAAUGGUAUUGCAGAGGGUGCCACAUCAUAACUGAAGGGAUAUGCUGAAUAGUUGUGUUGGACACUCCUGUAAAACUGUAGGUUCACUCAUUGCAUCAAAUUUGUGAAGAAUUAUACCUUGCAAGAUGCAAAUCUUUUUCCACUGUGGAGCAAAUUUUUCAGCAUGUUUCUUACGAUUUUAUUUUUUUCAAGAACCAAAAAAACAUUACUGCUAAUUAAGCUCAGAUGUAGUGCCAAGUUCAAGUACAUUUGCACAGUCUUGGACAUUCUUGUGCUUGCAUGUGCAGAACAUGAAUCCUCAGAAAUGGAUGGGCUCGCCAUGAUAAGGGAAGUUUUGAAACAAGACUAUCAUCUUCCAGAAUUGUCCUCUUGCAAAGGAAGGUGACUGGAAAAAAAAUCCAAGAAAACAGGAUGUGUGCACCUUGGAUGUUUUAUUAAAACAAAAUGACUUCUGCAUGGUGAACAUUCGUGGUUGGAGUGUCACUCAACAAACCUUACUGGCUGCUUCUUAAUAAUGUGAUUGUAGUUUUAGAUGUGCACAUAUAAUGGUUAUUUUACUUUUUGCUGGGUGUGUUUAUACAUGCAUGUUUGAACGAGAGCAUGGACAUUAAACCUGUGCAAUCAGUCAAGAAUGCAAAAUGAGAAAAAAUGUUGCAAUAUAUUUAUGCAGCCAGUUAGGCUCCAUAUAAAUAUAAGAUUGAUUGUCGUGUUUCAAGUGGAGCUCCCUAUACUGUUGGGUGGAGAGGACUAUAUGCAUAUGGUGUGUAGUGACCUGUUGGAUGGUAGAAUGUGAUGCAUAGCAUUAAAAAAAAAAUAGAAACAGUUGUAAGUUUUAUGACUGCCUGUGCUAUAUGACUAAAACAGCUUUUGCAUUAACAAACAAUUCUUUGAAAUGUCAGUCUUGUUUUUGUUGGGUUUUUAUCAAUUUGAUAAUUCGUUCAUUGAGUAUGGUGUAUCUUUCUGCAACAGUACUAUCCAUUUCAUGAAUUGGGUGUACACCUUAUGAUGAAUGCGCUUUGCUGAUAAUUUUGCAUUAGGCUGGAUUUCAGCAGGUUUCAGUAAUCAUACAUGUGCACAUAUAUGUGUGUGUGCAUGAAUAAUACGCAUGUAACUUUGUGUGAAACAUUAAACAGGUUAGCUUCCAGAGAAAACUUUGGUAAGAAGUCUCAUUCGAAAACUGAGCAUAGAGAAAGAUCGAAAAUUAAACAUUGCAGUCAACUUUAUGUGUUAGUGGCUUUGCGAAGUUUUUUUUCUAGUUCACAUAUUUUAUGUUUAUUUAAAGCUUUCUGCCAGAUUUCACAAGCAUGAAUGACUGUAUGUCAGCAUUAAGAAUGUCAGUUGCAAGUUGCAAUACACAAAAAUGCAAAAAUGCUUUCAUCCAAGAAGUUUAUAUGGUUCAUGAAGCUGUGUGCACCUCAUCCACUUUUGGGAAUUUUUAAAUCUUUAUCAAGAAAAGGAUAUUUACAUUAUUAGUAAUUUUGCUGUUAACCAGAGCAAGUGAUAAAGCUCAGUGGUGAUGACAGCUGUCUUUUUGAUAGGAUCUUGCUGUACUCCAAUAUCGGAAUAAUUUAAUCUUAAAAUUUUGUGAUUGUUUUUCUAAGUCUGGGGGGAAAAUAAGUUUAUUUUCUCUUCACCAUCAUUUAAUAUUCUUAUGCUGGCUGGAGAUUUUUCGGUCAGAUAUUGUAUUCUACAGCAUGCAGUGAACAAAGCUGUAGAGGUGGUUUUUCCCCUCCAUGACCAAAUCAUGUCAGCUGAUUUACAAUUUGUAAAAUAAGAAAUUGUUUAUUGUAGUGUGGUUUAUGUGUGUCUGGAAAAAUAUCAGAGCCUUGACCAGUGAAUAUAUUAAACUUCUGGUCAGAAUUGAUGCAAGUGAAAAGAUUCACCAGGGGUUUAAACUUUCCCACAGUAAUUUCAAUAUUUUUGUACUUGUGCUGUUCACACAUAAUCUCACUGAUCAUCAGUUUGUUAAACUUCAUUUCAGCUUUUACGUGUCUUUAUAGUCAAAUGGUUUUGUUUGGAUUUCUUCUUCAAGCAGUCUUAUCUGCAAAUUUUCCUCUUUUUCUUCCUGUAGUAUGUUGCAUCAUACUGUGUUACACCAUUGCUUUUCAGCAAACCAUUUUAUUUCUAGGUUAUGUAUGAUUUAUAGCCACAUACACUGAAAACCUAAAUGAAGUAAUUGAACAUUUUAGUGCAGUUGGCCGGCUUGUAAAUUUAAAAAAUCAGCUGUGUGCUCUGCUAUCAGAUUUUAUUGCUAUGCGGGGUUUAACUGUCAGACAUGUACCUGUAGGAGUUUUCCCCAAAUCUCAGUAAGGAUUCAUAGUAAUUGGUAUAUGAAGCAUCCAGGAGAUCCAAGUACUGAAUGGCUGAUAAUUAUUAUAUGCAUCCUCCUAAUCAACACAAAAGUGUACAUAAACACAAAUUCAAAUGACUGUGACUAUAACCAUGGGAUAAAUAAACAUUUUAUUUCAACAAUGUCAGUGAUGCCAGUUUCACACAAAUUUUGUUCCUGGCCACACCUGGAAGAAUAACUUGCUAAAACAAUUGUAAAUAGGUACACUUCAGGAAAAACAAAUUAAGGUCCACUAAACGUCAGGAGAAAAUGGAUUGCAAGUGUGAGAAAUCUUGACUGUUUAUGACAAAGAAAUGAACUUGGGUGGACAUGCAAAAUGGAUAAGGUGAUUGCUUCCCUGUCAAUGAUUAUUCAUGUUGUGACAUACUUCUAAAAGUUACUUUUGAAAAAAAUGUCACCCUAAAGUUUUCUACGCAGUGGCUAAUUUAGCAACCAUUCGAGAGGAAUGUUGACUGCAUUCAUGACUUCUCCCUCAUGAAUCUAUUGAGCCUGCAGUCAAGGUUACCUGUAUUUGAUUUGUCAGAUGUCUUUUCUGUCACUAAAAUAUUUUCAUCUGGUUCAAGUGCCUGCCUAAAGAUUUAUUAUGGCAUCACUAGUCUUAACUGUAACUUCAGUGCAAUGGCUUUAAUAAAAAACAUAGCUGCUUUGACAAGAACAAAGCUUACAACAGCUUUAAAAAAUGGAAUACAGGUCUAAACCCAGCUGAGUUAAUGAGGGCAACAAAACUAAAAGCAGGGUUAUUUCUUUGAGGAAGCAGGGUGCACAUGUAAAAGGCUAAAAUUUCAAGAGGCAUGGCUCACAUGAAGCUAAUAUUACACUCUAGCCUUAAAUGAGAACUAAGUUUUAUUUGCUUAUGAAAAAGAGCUUCUCCAAACAUGCAGCAGUAUAAAUCUUUUGGUAGACAUCUUUGUUUUGUUUUACAUACUAAGCUACUCAUUAAGUCUACCAUAUUGGGAACAAAACACUUGACAAAAGUCAUCUGAAGUAGGAAAGCAAUGAUAAAAAUGCACUGAUGUGUGGCGACAAUUGUAAUUGGGAGUCAUAAUUUUCCCAGCAAAGUCUGCAAAUUUAUCAGGAAAAAUGCACAAAUUGUGUACCGGUGUAAUAUGUUUUUUUAAUUAAUGAUAAAAUGUUUAAAAUGAAUGUUAGAUGGGGUAAAAGUAUGUACAACUGCAAAGACACAUGGCUAGUUACUAGUAUAAAAUGGACUGAGACACUUGUUAGAACAUUUCAAAUCAGUCAUGUAUAUAUAAAAUAAAUCUUGGUAACAAUUUCAAGUUUGUUUUUUUGAAACUGGUAACAAAAUGUUAUAGGAAAGAAGACAGAGAUAGGAACCAAAUACAUAUAAUUGCAGAAAAAACAGAUAAUACAUUCAAAGUUCAAUAAUAACUUGUGUCAUUUUUGCAACUAAUAAAACUAAACCGUGUGACAAAGCCUUCAAACAGCUCACAAGCAUACAUUUAUGUGCAGUAAAAUACAUAGCACAGUAAUUCAGAACUUGCAUUUUGCCAGUUCAUUAUUUUAUUUGUUUAUUUUAUUUUAGCCAAAUCACUAUUUACCAAAUUUAUGUAUCUUGUAUAAAGUUGUGUGGCUUGAAAGCAACACAGGAAUCACCCUUAGGAAGCAGCAAAUAAAUUUGCACAGUAAAAUCCUAUACCUGAGCAGCAAAGAAAUAAAACUCUUAACAUAGUUGAUUGCAGUUGCCACGUCACUGGAAAAACUAGGAUUUCAAUAUAAAUACACAUGCAUAUAAAUCUGACCCCAAAGAAAUGAUGACUGAGUACAAAUAUCAUUAUCAUGUACACACACAGGUUAAUUAAGGCAUUGCAGCAUACCAGAAGCAAAUGUUUAAAAAUGUCUACCAAACUACAUAUUGCUUUGGCAUCAAAACAAAAAUUCACCGGUUUUACUCAGGUAGUUUAGACCUUUAUUUAACAAAAUUUGUUUUUCUCAAACUCUUUUCAGAAUUAUUUAAAACCAUUAAGAAUACCAGCCAUAAUUAUUAUCAAAAUGAAUUUUCACAUUGCAUAAAUUAAGUGAACCAAUCAUUCAAAAUGUCAAAAAAAUUAUCUGUAAAGUUUGUGAUUCAGACACAACUUUAUUGAAGGACUAUGGAGUAUAGUUCUUAGUUUUGAUUGUGAUCCUAUUAAAAAGUUUUAGCUGUCACUGAGAUGUGCAACUAAAAGCACAGAAUCAAAUGUUAAAUAAAUAACCAUGCUAGAUAAUCUAUUCUGCACUUAAAAGAUCAUUUAUAUAUUUGAGAACCUUCAAGAUAUUGUUUUAAAUAAUUUCUUUUUAAAAAAGUUCUGAAGAUAUUAACUUCUUUUUAAUGCUGGCUUCUUUCCCUAUCAGAAGAUAUUAAGAAAUAGUCUGGCAGUGUUCUUGCAGAAAUGAAAAACUAAAUGGAACAAAGAGCUGACCAUAAAGUGUAUGCUUAACAAAAUAUUUUUGGGUUCAGUAAUUCAAGCAAGCAGCUUACAGUUGUGUGCAAAGGUUGUAAGAUAGUCAAGGAAAUAAAAUUGUUGGACCAUUAAAACCCCUCUCACUGACAAUGUAAUUGUUGUAAACAUGAACAUACACGCACAUGAAAACACAUUUCUUGCAUCCCCCCUCCAAAAAAAAUAAAAUAUAAUAAAAAAAUAGUCACUGGUUUGAAGUAUGCUCUUCACUUUUAAAGUUUAUGCUGGUAUACAAAAAACCAUGUAGGAUGAACAAGUAGUGAAAUAACCAUUUCCAAGAUGCAGAUUGGCAAGGGAAGCCCUGUGUGCAUUUGACAUCAUAACUUUUUAACAACCUAUAAAUGCUGGGACAAAAAUUGGAAUGUGUGUGCAGAAUGAAGUAGGGGUAAGUAGCAAACAUUAAAGUUACCAAGGUUCUACUGCCCUAUACAGAUAGAGGCAGCUGGCAAAUGUAGAUAUCCCCACUGGUCCAAGUAAACCAAUCACAUUGCUGAUACUAGAAGAUCAGUAAACUGCAAUGCCAUGUUUCUUUACUGCCAUUUAAACUCCCAUUUUGUAAAAGUUUGACCAAUAUUAAUCAAAUAUGAACCACAUAUAUCAAUUCAUCACUGUAGUAAGGUGCAUCAAAAGAAAAAACUUCACAUGCUCAUUCUUUCAAAUGCAAACUCUAGAUCUUGUACAACGAUAAUCCUGCAAACUCUAAAUCUUGCACAAUGAUAAUCCUGCAAAUGCCCACUUGCAUAAUUUUACCUCCAACUCAAAAUAGCUGCUUAUUAAAAUUGUAUGAAGAGAGAAAAGCAUGGGUACUGGGUUCAAAAUAUUUGAUUGUGCAAAUAAUGCUGAUACCCAUCUCCAACUUAUGUAGAAUUUAAAAGCUUGGGAUUUUUGUAACACCAUUUAAAAACAUAAGUCAAUGAAUCGGAAACAUUUAAGGAAUAAAAGUAAUGUUAGCCAUCCUCCUCCAUGCCACUUUCUCCAGCUGUUUUUU